AUGCAUGCAUGGAGGCAACAUCACCCGGUAUCACGGCGAGCCCGAACGAAAGAUGGCGGCAGUCGACUGGAGCGCGCGGCGCCCGCCUUGGAUGAUGGCGUUUGCUUGCCGCAUCUGGGGGGCAGCAAAAAGCAACCGGCCGCCCGCCCCCUUGCGUGGUUCGACCCCUGGAACCACGCCCGACAAGCUCCCCUCAUCAUGCCAUCCGUCCAUGCCGUCGUCCAGCGCUCGUCUGCGCUCAAGAGGCAUGAUGGAGGGCGGGCACCACCCGGCAGAGACACGGCCGGCCAUGUGGUUGGCCGUGUAGGCGGGUCGACGAGCAUCCACCACCACCUGGCCGCGCUGCUCCACAUGGUGCAGGGGGGGGGGAGGAUGCAUCUGCAGCGGCAACAGAAGCUGUUUGUUCGUCGACAACGGCAAGACGAGGCGUCAUUGCUGGGCCCUGGUGGCGUCAAAGACACUCACACACACCGACCCAGGAUGAAGGAAAACCCCGCGCGAGAUCUGCUGGCGGCGCCGGUCGGGCACUGA